AUGGCCCUCUAUCUAGCCAAGGACCUCGUUGAGAGCAACUCAUGUGCCCGGGUGUUGGUGGUGUGCUCAAAGGAUAUUUUACUAGUGGUUGCGGUUGGCAGGAUUGCCGUGGUCACCGACGGCAUCACCGUGGUUUUACCAGCCAGGGACGAGGCGAGGGGCGCGGCGGCCGUCGAAAAGCUCAGAGAGCUGGGGCUCUCCGACGUCGUUUUCCAUCAACUGGAGAUCACCGAUCCUCCGAGCAUCGCUCGGUUGGUUGAUUUCUUGAAGACCUGUUUUGGGAGGCUAGACAUCCUGUUCAGCGGCUUGGAUGAAAACAAGAGGUUUGGAUGGUUAUGGAAAAAUUGUCGGGAGACUUACCACGCUGCAAAGGAAGGCCUGCAGACAAAUUACUACGGCACCAAGCAUGUAAUCGAAGCGUUAUUGCCUCUGCUGAAAGCCUCCUCCGAUGGAAGGAUCGUUAAUGUCUCCUCUCACUUGGGGCAGCUAAGGCGUUUCAGAAACGAGGAGCUGAAGCAGGAGCUGAACGACACAGGUAAUCUCAACGAGGAGAGGCUAGACGAGCUGCUGGACAUGUUCCUAAAAGACUUCGAGGCCAACUUGAUACAGGCGCGUGGGUGGCCGAUGGCGUUCUCAGCAUACAAGGUGGCCAAGGCGGCCAUGAACGCAUAUUCAAGGAUCCUGGCAAGGGCUCACCCCAAGAUGCACAUCAACUGUGCGCAUCCCGGUUACGUCAAGACCGACAUGACCAUAAAUCUCACCGGCGCUAUCUUUGAAGACUUCAAGGAGUCCUUGUUUGUGUGA